AUGAUCAUCGCCAAGGCAUUGCGCAAGCCGGCUGCCCCGCUCGCCGCCGUUGAGCUCUACCACAACGCCACCAAUAACCUCAAGUCAACAGUAUCAAGCAUUGGCACGAGCGCGUCCCCUCCCGGGCCUGCAUCCUUAGUCGACAAGCACCAGCAACCCCCACAACAGGCCUUGGAACUGCUCCAGGAGGGCCUCUCGUGGCCUGCCCGGCUGCCCCAUCUCGACGGCGUCCUGCUCUGCUACGACACAACGGAUCCGGACGCGCUCGACCAUCUGCGGCCCUUGCUCCAUACGUUCUGGACUCGCGGCGGGAUCUCGUUGAUCGUCUCGGCCUGCAACUCGGACAAAGAACUGGAAGGCGGGGUCGAUGCCCCGGGCAAGAAGAUGCGCAGCUCGUUCAAUUGGAUUGUCAAGGCGUUCAAAGAAGCCCGCGGCAAGCAUUGGUCGUACUGCCUCCUCGACGAACAUCCUGGGCUUGAUGUAUGGGGACAAAGGGGCUCGCGGGCCUCAUUGCUUGUUGCGUUGAUGAAGACGACGACGACCAGGGGCGGCGGCGACGGCUCGACAGGUCUCAGGACUACUGGGGCCGACAUGUCGGAGGACGAGGAAGAGGAGCUGGCCGACAAUCUGCCCGACGAGCCCACCCUGCCACGGCGCAAGAUCGAGAUCCCCCACUUCAAGGAGAUCAUCCUCAUGUCAACCAACUGUGCCAGCUGUGGAUACAAGGACAACAAGGUCAAGUCCGCGACCGCAAUCUCGCCCAAGGGCACCAAGCUCGUCCUCCGCGUGACUGACAAGGAGGACCUGGCGCGGGACAUCCUCAAGUCCGAGACCGCCAAGCUCACCAUCCCCGAGAUCGACCUGCACCUCAAUCCGGGAAUGCUCGGCGGCCGGUUCACAACCCUCGAGGGCCUGCUCGGCGGCCGGUUCACGACCCUCGAGGGCCUGCUCGUGCAGGUCUUCAAGGAGCUCGACCAGAAGGUCUUCACGACCGGCGACUCCGUCUCCCUCCCCGUCGCCCAAAAGCCCCCCUCAUCCGCAGCCGCAGGCGUCCAGGAGCAGCAGGAGGGCUAG